AUGUCUGCCAUGGUCUCCGCUUUGACACAGGUUGUUUCUGCUCGCUCUCUAACAUCUUCUUCAUUUGAGACUCAAGGAACCAACUCUUCUUCCUCUUCCGUUGGACAUGAGAGAAGAAAGCUUGGAAUCAAUUCAGCUAUUCCCUUGUCAACAUCGUCGCUCGAUCGGGUAGAGUCAUUCCAUAGUCCGAUCGAAGAAUCCACAAGCAAAGCGUUACCUGAAGAAGUGAAGGAGAAUAGGAGGAGAUACAGAGGAGUAAGGCAAAGACCGUGGGGAAAAUGGGCGGCUGAGAUACGCGAUCCACAUAAGGCCGUUAGAGUUUGGCUCGGGACGUUUGAUACAGCAGAAGCAGCCGCUAGAGCCUAUGACGAAGCUGCACUCAGAUUCCGUGGAAAUAAAGCAAAGCUCAAUUUCCCGGAGGAUGUAAGGAUUCUUCCGCCUCGUCUUCCUGCUCCUCGGCCCCCUUCUCCUCUUCUGUCAUCUGCAACAGUGAAGGAUGUAGGAAAAAAGGAUAUGAGGGAUUAUUGGAGUUAUUUCCAGUUGUUGCAGACCUCAGACCAACGGACACUUUUCGGGCGAGGACAAGAAGAGAGUACCAACGUAUUGAAACAUUCACCAACGGAACGAUCUCUGCCUCCUUCAAGUUCUGGUCCAAGUUCCUCUGAUUUUCCAGGACCUUCAUCGGGCUAA